AAGAUGCCAAUGUCCGGCGGUACCUCCAGCUGACACAGUCGGAACUCAACAGCUACCAUAGGAAAGAGAAGCAGCUGUACCUGGGCAUGUUUGGUUAAUGAAGAAAAAAGAUGCUCCUUCAUGUGAACUUGGGUGGACCAUUAAAGAUCCAUCAAAGGAAAACCUGAGCCUCAGCAAGAUAAAUUAAUCUUAUAUCUCUGAUCCAGGUGGAUUUGUUUUGUUUCCUGUUCUAAACAAGCUCUUUGAUACUUAGACCAUCUGUAUGUUGUUUUUUUUUUCUUUAGCCUAUCCACAUAUCAUUUUUAAUACAUGUUAUUGUUGAGGGUUUUUGCUUUGAGAAGUAAACUAGGAAACAGUCCUCUGGUAUGGAUUAAUCUAUUUCUGGCAUAGACUUUAAUGAGAUGCUGUUAGGUGUAUUUAUAUACAGAGAAGACUAGCAGAGGAUGAAAUAGUAAGGUUAGGCAGAAAGGAGUUUCUGUUUCCUCAGAUGCCCAAAUCAAACUGGUAAAUACAUUUUUGUGAAACUAGGUAAUUUUAAAUUGGGCCCAAUUAUAUUUAAAUGAAAGGCUUGAAAUUAAUCAUUUUUUAUUUAAAUCCCUUAGUCUCCUUAACAUUUCAAACACGUUCAGAUUCUUUUUCCCCUGUAAGAAUGUCUCUAACCAGGUACAGUAGUGCAUUCCCAAUCCCAGCAUUCAGGAAGCUGAGGGUAGUCUGGGCUACAUGGCAAGAUUUGUCUCAAAAAAACAAGGGCCAGGAAGGUAGUUUGGUGUUAGAGCAUUUGCCUAGCAUGAGUGGGGCUCUGGAUUCUUCCCGGGGGGGGCAACACUACAAAGAAAACUAAAAAGCAUCUUCUAUUAUUUUCUGGUAAUUUCUACUCCUUGCUUAUUGCUGUUACUCAGAUCACAUAGUAUACUUACUUUUUCAUUAAACUGUCCUAUCUUAAAACUUCUAGAGUCAAGCACAAGUAUUUAUUCAAUAACCCUUCAGUCUUUAUGCCAAAAAAAAAUUUAAUUUUUAAUAGAUACAGAUGUACAGUAUGCUCAUUUGUCUAAAAAUCAUAGUAAAGACAGAUUACCAUGCCAUCUGGAAACAAUACCACAACAGAGCAGGAUAAAAACCUAAAUCUCUUCGUUAACCUGUCAUCCUGUAUUUUGCAAGAGAUCGGUUCCUUACAGGGCAGGGAAGCAACAAGAAAGGCUGUUACUGCUCAGUAUCUUGGAAAUACCUGAUAGAACACUGGUAAAGCUGGGUUGGGCAUGAAAGUAGGGUGCACAUCUAGUGUAGGUUUAGCUCAGUAAGUUCUGUCAACCAGGAGCUCCCUUAUCACUAUGUUUACACAUAUGAUAAUAGUCAUAAUCCACAAUACUAAAUAAUUGUGUAUCUGAAUAGUAGCUAACAUAAUGUAGCAUCAUUGCUACCUUUAUAAGUGGAGGUAAUAAGCAUGUGUCACUUGUCACCAUAUAAAAACCAUAAACCAAAUAGAUUUCUGAGGAAAAAAAAAUUAAAAACACUCUAGUUUGUCAGCAAUACCCAACUCUUCAAAUGGGCUAGCCUCCUUUUUGUUCCUCUCUGUAUUUUAAAUAAUACAACUAUCAGCAUACAUCAAAAAGGUUUUCUGCAAAUAAUCUCAUAAAGCCCAAGGACAGAACUAACAAAUACAAGAAGUAGAAUGUUUUACUUCUUAAAUUGUUAAACUUAGGUUUAUUGAUAAAAUUUUAUCAUGGUAAAUCCUGUCAAGUCAGUUUAGCCAGAAACUCUUUAUUGUGUUUCCUCUUAAUAAUUUUCCAUUCACUGAUCCUUAUCUACCCUAUCCCUUAAUUAUAAGUCCUACCUGCCUUGUUGGAGUUAAGACUUGUGCCUCAUCUCUGUCCCCCACUGCAAAACCUGGUUGUAGUGGUUCCUAUACCUAUUGUCAUGACUUCCCCUUAAAUAAUCUGCCUUACCAUGCUUUUAAAUUUUUUUAAAAAAUUUUGUCGUGUUUUAUGUUUCAUUUGUUUCAUGCUGGUUUUGCUUUCUGAUGUUCUAUUAUCUUGUAUUUCAAAAACCUGAUGUUACCAUAAGCUGUCUUCUACAUUUAGGAGGAAAAAAAUAAAAUUAAUAUUUAAAAAUG